AUGUUCGCGGAACCGUCAAUGCCAGAACGGCGCCCCUCUCCCGGGCUCACACUCGAGCUCAACUCCAAGAAUCCGUUUCGCAACAGAGCGACGUCGCCCGCCAUCCCUUCGCCCGCCCUCCAGACCCCAACGAGCGCAGGCAGCCGGCCCAUGUCCCGCAACCCUUUCCUGCAGACCUUCGAAGCCGAGUUCAACAAGCAGGCCCAAUUGAUCGACAUGUCGGCCACGAUGAAGGAGUCGCCCAAGAAGGCGACUUUUGGCGACGAUGCCAAAGACCUCUUUGUACGUCCUUGUUCCUUCUGUCUGAUGGAUCGCCUGAGGUGUUUUGCGAGCAAGUUCGCUAAUUUCCCUUCCCUGCAACAGGACAACCUCACGCUUGACGAUGGUGAGAAGAAGCGAGGCCCAGCUCCCCGAGGCCCACCCCCUCGCAACGGCGCUCCCCCCGAGCCACGCCACCGUCCGUCUCGCUCAGACGAGGAAGAGCGCGAGAGGCGACGAGACGACAAGCGCGACGACCGACGUGAUGACCGACCCCGUGGCCCUCCCCGCGGACCUCCCCGUCCCUCUGGAGAUCGACGAGGGCCUCCGCCGCGGGGCAGCCCACACAGGAGGGAGCACAGCAGGCGACCGCGCCGCAAUUCCGAGUCGUCCAUGAUCGACAAGGGCUCCUUGGAUCCGAAUGAGGAGCGUCGGCGCAGAGAGCGUCGUAGAGAAAGGGACGAGCGCGCCCGCGACGGCAAGUCUCGUUCGACAAAGGUCCGCAAACCCCACGGCCUCGACAUCAUCGACAAGCUGGAUGUCAGCGGCAUUUACGGCCCGAGCAUGAUCCAUCACGACGGGCCCUACGAUGCUGUGCAGCCCCACCGCAACCGCGAAAAGGACAAGCGCGCCCCCAUGCAUGCGUUUCCCGCUGGAUCAGCAAACAAUGCACUUGGCGGAUCUGGCCCGGUGAACGACAAAAUUGAUCUGGACAAGAUCCACGGCCGAGGUGCCGAAGGUUUCACUGAUUUCGGUGGAGCUGCCAACACUUGGAAGCGUCCAGAGCUGGAAGGGCGCUCGUUGACAUUCGGUCCCAAGGAACGUGAGGACAUCGUUCACGGCGACCCAAGCGUUGGUCUGGGCACAUCGACUUUCCUCGAGGGCGCACCAGCAUCACGCACUGCCAUCCAGCAACGCGAGGCUGAAAACCAGAAGAGUUUCGCAGAAGGUGGUCUUGGCCGGAAGAAGUCGAUCGCCCAGCGUUUCCGCGGCUUGAACCAGCCGAGACGAGAUUACGGCGACAGGCCCCGCAUCACAUCUCCUGAAGCUCGGUACGGAGGCGGCAGCCCCAAUGGACCUCUGACCACAGGAGGCAGCUUGACAAGCAGCAAGAACGAGAGAAAUCCCUUCUUUGAUGAUUACGACCAAGCCUACGACAAGAAGGGCGCCGCGAUCAACGUAGCCCAGCAGGAAGGGGUAACCUCACCCACUUCUCCCGGAGGCCGCAAUGCUUUGACGCGUGCCAUAACUGCGGACAGCAUUGGCUCACCGGUUGAGUCGAAGCCUCAGAGCGGCGGUGGAUUCCUCAACCGCGUCAAGAGUUUGAAAGGCGGACGACGCCCGCGACCUGAGCGCCCUACCUAA